AUGGCAAAACUUAUACCUACAGUAGCUCUCAUCAGCAUUCUCCUAAUCAUCAUAGCCGACGCAUCUUCCGCCCGCAGAACCAUCAUCACCACCGUCGAGAUCGACGGAACCAACCCGACAGGAGGAGGAGAAGGGCAAUGCCGAGAGGAAGUGGAGAAGCAGGAGUUGAGCUCUUGUGUGCAGUAUAUGAGGCAAUUAAUGUCAGGGAAAUCCGAAGGAGGAGGAGAAGGAAAACAGCAGCUACAGCAGUGCUGCAGUCGACUGAAGCAAGUGAGAGAUGAUUGCCAAUGUCCGGCGAUUAAAUCUGCGUAUCAGGAAAUGCGGGGAGAGGUGAUGAGAGAUCAAUGGCCGAGAGUUAUUAUUGGAGUCAGCUUGCUCCCGUCUACUUGUGGGCUGAGCCAAGAGUUCUGUAAAAUCGAAUCUUAAUCUGAAUGAGUGACUAAGGUGUAAAUAAAUAAUUAAUGUAUGAUCAUUCACCAACUUAUGAUUGUGUGACUGAUUUAUGUGUCAUCUUGUACAAUUAUGCACGUCAAAGUAUGGGAAUAAUGUGAA